AUGUCGUCCCUGAGUGCAUUGAAUUUGUUCAACGUCAAGGGCCGUGUCGCACUAGUGACUGGCGGGAGCAGUGGAUUAGGGCUGAUGAUUUGCAACGGGCUUGUGACUAAUGGGGCAAAGGUCUACCUUGUGGCAUUGCAAACUGACCCAAUCGACGAAAUUGUGAAGCAACUGAACGUUUUGGGACAAGAGACUGGAGGAAGCGCGGAAGGGAUUGCCUGUGAUUUGGCCUCCAAAGAUGCAAUCGAUGAACUCGCCCAGACAAUAUCCCUCCGGGUACAAAAGUUGGAUAUACUCAUCUCCAAUGCUGGCAUACGCCGAGAUCCACCUGUGCAGUGCAACGUUCUAACUGCACCACUUACCGAACUACAAAACUCCAUGUGGUCAAUCUAUCAGUCAGACUGGGAGGAUACAUUUCGAGUCAACACGACUGCCCACUACUAUCUCAGUGUCGCGUUUCUUCCUCUUCUGACAGCAGCCGCAGAGCAGACCUUGGAGAAUGGAAACCGUGGUCGUGACGAAGGUAGAGGGGUGGUUAUCAUUACCAGCUCUUGUGCAAGUAUGCAUAAUGCGACGAAUGUGGAUUUGACCAGCUACGCGACCAGCAAGGCUGCAACCGAUCAUCUUGUGAAGUUGUUGGCUGCCAAGUAUCACCGGUUUUAUGUACGAGUCGUGGGCAUCAAUCCCGGAUUCGGCGCAGAAGGCAAUAUCUUCGGCGCACUCUUUGAUAAAGUGCCAGCAAAACGUGCAGGAAACUCCGAGGACAUAGCUGGAACAAUUCUAUAUCUCGCUAGCAGAGCAGGGGCAUAUGUGGAUGGCGUGUCUCUCUGUGUCGAUGGUGGACGUACACUUCUGGCCAACGGGCAAGAAUAA